CUUGUUCUUCAGUGAGCGUCCCUCUCGCUCUGCUCAGUCGUUGAGUCAGAGAGCAGAGCAGGACGGGAAGGCAGAGAGACCAGGGGAGGUCUGACAACACCGUCGCAGCUUCCACCUAUUGGAAAGGCGCAGAUCGAUAAAUGCACGCGCCCAGUAUUUGAUUUACUGGAGGAGCAUCAGGUCUGUAACCAAGCUGUCGCUCUGCAAGACAUGUGUACAACUUUUCCCGCCGGGACAAGAACUUAAAGGAGCUUCGGAGACGCAGCAUGCGUAAAUGUCCACGUUGAGAGAAACUGUAGCUGUAAGGAUGGAUGACACAGGCUAAAAAUGCACUCCGCCGCUUUCUGAUCCAGCUUUUCAAGGGAACAUUUGGCCGAGACGAAGAAGGGCCGACUAAAGACACCAGAACCCGGCUCACCUGGAGCUCCGACCCCAGGCCUGUACGAUGCUGUGGUACGGCUUGGGCCCCCACUUGUUCUCCCUGGCAGCGCUUCUGGUGAUAGUGAGCUGCGGAGGAGGGGAGCAGCGCAGAGGGACGGAUAGCAGCAGCAGCAGCAGCAGCAGCAGUAGCAGCACCAGCAGCACAGGUGGCAGCAGCAGUUCUGGAGGAAGCAGUAGCCGACGCUUUCACAAGAUCCAGCAUGGCCAGUGCACCUACACGUUCAUCCUGCCCGAGGGCGAGGGAGGCAGAGGAGGCGCCUGCAGGGAGGCCAAGGCCGGUGGCCCGCAGCACAAAGGCAACUCCCUCCAGAGAGACGCCCCACCGCCGGAGCCCGAGUUCGCCAGCCAGAAGAUCCAGCAGCUCGAGCACAUUAUGGAGAAUUAUACCCAGUGGCUGCAAAAGAUUGAGAACUACAUCAAAGAGAGCAUGAAGACGGAGAUGGCUCAGCUGCAGCAGACCGCCGUGCACAACCACACAGCAGCCAUGUUGGAAAUGGGCACCAACCUCCUUUCCCAGACGGCCGAACAGACGCGCAAGCUAACGAACGUCGAGACGCAGGUUCUGAAUCAGACAUCCAGGCUUGAGAUCCAGCUGCUGGAAAAUUCUCUCUCCACUAACAAGUUGGAGAAAGAACUAAUGGUCCAGACCAAUGAGAUCAGCAAGCUGCAUGACAAGAACAGCCUGCUGGAGCAGAAGAUGUUGGAAAUGGAGACGCGACACCGCGAGGAGCUGGAGACGCUCAAGCAGGAGAAGGGGAGCCUCCACACCCUGGUGGGGAGGCAGAGCGGGGUGAUCGGGGAACUCGAGGCCCAGCUGAGCCGGGCCACAGGGAACAGCACGGCCCUGCAGAGACAACAGCAAGAGAUGAUGGACACCGUCCACAACCUGCUCAACCUCUGCUCCAAAGAUGGAGUUGUGCCUAAUAGCACAAAGGUCGCGGAUGAGGAGAAGAAGUUCCGUGACUGCGCCGACCUCCACCAGGCCGGCUUCCAUAAGAGCGGAGUGUACACCAUCCAGAUCAACCCGCAGGAGACCAAAAAGGUGUAUUGCAACAUGGAAACAGCCGGCGGCGGAUGGACGAUCAUCCAGCGCAGAGAAGACGGCAGUGUGGACUUCCAGAGAACGUGGAAGGAUUACAAGACGGGUUUCGGCAGCUUGCCUGCAGAGCACUGGUUGGGCAACGAGUAUGUUCACCAGUUGACCAACCAGAGGCAGUACGCCCUCCGUGUAGAGCUGACGGACUGGGACGGACACCAGGCCUUCUCGCUCUACGACCGCUUUAAAAUUGGCGGGGAGAAGCAAAACUACAGACUGUUCCUGAAAAGCCACAGUGGGACGGCGGGCAGACAGAGCAGUCUAGUGAUCCACGGAGCCGACUUCAGCACCAAGGACAUGGACAACGACAACUGCAUGUGCAAAUGUGCCCUCAUGCUCACCGGUGGUUGGUGGUUUGAUGCGUGCGGCCCGUCCAACCUCAACGGCAUGUACUUCACCCAAGGGCAACACAUAGGGAAGUUGAACGGUAUCAAGUGGCACUACUUCAAGGGGCCCAGCUACUCGCUACGCGCCACGGCCAUGAUGAUCCGCCCGCUGGACUUCUCCUAGACCUUUUCAACUGUGUAGCACGUCACAGGGACGCUCCCGAUUUUAUCCUCUCGUCUCAUCUCAUUUUCGCCCGCCCUGAGAGUCGUCCAAUGAAUGUCUUUUAUGCAAUCUGGUUCCGCUUCAGAGCGACUGCUGCGCCGCCUCGCGACCUUUCCCCUCAGCGGUGUGAACGCCAGCCGGGAGGACGAACCGCAGAGCGCCAGAUAAACCCUUUCGGUUCCCAAACAGACUCACAAACUUGACGUUAUUUAAGGAAAAAAAAAGGGAUCAGAAUGUGUGCACAUCAGGGCCCCGCAGUAAGAAUUCAAGCACGUCAAACCACAACUUUUCCGUUGUCCCGGGAAGCUGCGCUGUAAUAACACAGAGGACUUGAACUCUCCUGAAGGGAAAGCAGCUAUGACAGAGCAGCACUGACUCUCGCAGCAGAGAAUCUGGUGCCCUGUGAGGAAAUUCUGCUUUUUCUUAUCAAUAUGUUCCUCGCAAAACGCAGCCCAUGAAUAUUACCAUUGUAUUGUGUAUUGUGGGGUUUUUUUCUAUUAUUUUUGUUAUACUGUAUACAAUAUCCAAAGUGAGGUGAAAUAGAUUUUUGUACCAAGAGUGUAACACAUGCUCAGUUUUAAAGUGACCUUGAAAUUCAGCUGGCUGAGCUGGUAAUAGUUACAAGGGUCACUUGCAGUCUUUGCUGCCUUGACAGUGUGAUUAUUAUUAGAGUUCAACAUGUGAGCUUUUUCUGGGUCAGAUUCUGGACUGAGAUCCAUUUGCAUUUGUUAUUGGCUGGGAAACGACUAGUACCUGCCAAGGUUCAGCUUGUAAGUGAUCACCUUACCUCUGCUGAAUAGAACAACAAGGAUAUUAAUGCUGAACCAUAUUAUUAGUGAUAUAUAACAAUUACAGCUGUGUGCACGUGGGCGAAUAGAAUGCACGUGUGCAUAUACACGUAAUAAUGCGCGUUUUUUAAAAUACACAGAAACAAACCGCAUCUUGUAGCGUGUGGUGAUGAAGUACCACGUCAUGAUCCGUCCAUAUUUACCAAGAUGUAAUGCUUAUAUUAAGCUGAUGUCACACUAAGAAUGAGGGCAGAUUUCAUAUUGCUGAACCCCAUCUCUAACUAAAGGACAUUAUAAAAGCUUUUUAACGGCUGCAUCAGUAUUUCUUCGCUCUAUUAUUGUCGUGUGUGUAAGUGACUAAUGGGGGCAGCAUUUCUUUUAUUUUCCUUUGGAGGCAACGCUGCAGAAGGCAGCCGCUCAACGGGCUGCAGUGAUCACUCAGGGCGACUCCGCACCGCCAGAAGUGCUCCUUUCUGCCACUCAGCGGCUCAGAUCGUCGUCGUACCUAAUUUGGGAAACUUUAAACCUGCAGUGUCUCAAACGGCUCCUCAGGUAGUAACAAGAAGUCAGAUCUAUGGAAAGAUUACCCUUCUCACUUAGUGCAUCACUUAACAUCAUAAUCGUUCAAGUUAUCAUCAAUACAACAAGAUGUUUCAUUAGUACCUUUAAAUAAAACCAAGCUAAGGCUUUAAGGCGUGGCAAGAAAAGUCUUUGUUAGCGUUCUGUGAUCCCUCCUCUGGCGUCCCCGCAAAAGAACAGCGCGUCAACAGAAAAGACUCCACCAACUCGACGGCACAGAGACUACGUUGUUGUUUUUCUAAUGUACGCCGUGACGCGACAAUCUCUAACCACAUCCGCACUCCUCCCCAACUCACGUGGUACACAAGUCACGUGACACAGAACCCAACAUGGCAGAUGAAGCGAACACGCAGUCAGUGACAAAAUGAAGCCCCUUGGGGGACGUCCGGGGGGACGUAGGGAGGGAGUUGCUCCUGGCUCUGACAUUGCAGCCCGUUUCAACGUCGAACAUUGCUAAACUUACCCGACUGGUCACAACCUCUGACCCUAAGACAGAGAUUUGUAGACAAGUUACAUUAUUUCUAAGAAGCCAGCCGGUUUCUGUUUCUCAUCAAUGUGGCUUUGGGGGAAAGAAAAAGAAAUGGAGCUGGAUAUGAAGCAUGAAACGAUUCCACCGAGUUAUCCGUGUGAACACAUAUUUCAUAACUUCCAGCUUUGUAUUAAAAUGGUACGUGUGGCGGGAAAAUAAAGCGUAUCUGCAACUUGUAAAACUAUGAUUGACAUGUUUAUUAACGUACUAAACCUGUAUGAUUUAUUGUGUGUGUACGUAGAGCAGCUCUCCUGAGGAAAGCUGCUCUGUUCUCACUGCAACAGAAGUACAAUGGUGUUUGGAAGUUGGGCAUCAAACCUAGAAGUUAACAUAAUAACCCUGGAGAAAUGUGCCUUUGAUGACUCUGCUUUUACCUCAUUGCAUUCCAGAUUUUGCAGAUUUAUUUAAACAUCUUUUUGUAACAUGUGGUCAGUGUUGUGUUGGUAGAUUAAAUAAAAGAGGAAAUGUUUUCAA